UCCGCGGGCUCCGGGUGGCCCCGCGGCGCCCGGCCCCACGAUGGAGCGGGAGCGGGGGCUGGGGUCCUCCUCGCCCCCCUCCUGUCAGCUGCUAGACGCUGUGCUCCAGAACCUCUACGACUUUGGAGAGACAGAAGAUGAAGCAGAAGAGAAAAGGAUCAGAAAGAAAAGGGAAAACAAGAAGAGAGAUGUGGGGACUCCAGUGGCACUGAGGGCAGAGCCCGCUCCCGCACCUGGUUGCCCUGGAAGAGGCCAGAGGAAGAGUGCUUCGAGCUUCUUCGCAGAGCUCAGAGAAGAGCUGCAGUGUGCCCCCGCUGUGACCCCCGCUGCAGCCCCUGCGGGACCACAAGGCCUUCAUGCUGCAGCAUCUCCCUCUUCCUUGACCAGGAAGGAGCCAGUAAAAGUGGUUGAAUUCCACAGCAGAAAUAAGAAAAGAAAACAGAUGCCAGAUCAAGAUGAGAACACAAAGACCAAAACUAGUAUCCUUGAGAAAGAUGUGAAUAUACAAGAAUUUAACUUAGAAAAGGCUCGGCUGGAGGUGCACCGCUUUGGGAUCACAGGUUAUGGAAAAGGAAAGGAACGAGUCUUGGAAAGGGAACGUGCGGUUAUGCUGGGUGCACAGCCUCCCAAAAAGAGUUAUGUGAAUUAUAAGGUUUUGCAGAAGCAGAUCAAAGAAAAAAAGGCAGCAAAGGAAGAAGAAAAGAGAAUGGCCCAAGACACAGAUAUUUUUAAGAAAAAGAAGAGGAAAGGGCAGGAAGACAGGUGA